AUGUCGGGCAUGAUGGAUGCCGAAGCGGACCCAGGCGUCUAUGAGCCUGCUGCCCAGCCUGCCCACGGCCAUGGUGCCGGUGCCUUGCUCAACUUUGGCCACCCCGUCCCGGGCAGCAUGGCUCCUCCCUCUUCCAUUCCUUCAAGCCUCCCCCAUUCAGCUGCCGUGCCCGUGCCCUCGCAUCCAAGCAUGCUUCAGCCCUAUCCUAUGCCACCACACAUGAUGCCCAUGUCCAUCCCAGCCUCCUGGGGCACAAGCGGCCCUCUUGCGCCUCCUGAGCCGCAGCUUCAGGCCCCACAACAGCCCCAUCGGGAUCGUCGCAAAAAACGCAAGAACGGCACCGUGCUAGACACCGAAGCUGGCCCCACUUGGUGGAGUGAACAGGACAAAAUGAUCGUUGCUGCCGUCAUUGCACAAGAACAGCGCUUGCCUAUCCAACAACGCUAUGAGCGUGAACCGCCGUAUGACUGGGACGCAAUCGCCCCUGAGGGCAUGACGACCCACCAAGCGCGCGUUCGAUAUCGCCAGCUGUCGGAGGACAUCCCGCGUCGUCGAACCAAUCUGGAAAUUGCCCACAUUGCCAUGAAAAACUACUACCAUGCCCUCAUUCGCGGCAAGGUCCUGACCACUGACCAGUUUGCCCGCAUUUCACAUAUGCGUCGGCAGCCCGGUAAACUCAAAGCCAAGGAUCUCUACCCGAAUAUUCCCAAAAAGCCAAUGUCAGCCUUCUUGUUGUGGGCUCAGGACGCCCGUGAAACCAUUGCCGCUCAAAUUGACAGCCGCCAAGCCAAGCACAUCCAGAAAGCGCUCAGUGAUCGGUGGAAAGAACUCUCGGCAGAGGAGAAGCAACCAUACCAAAGCGCAGCCACGGAAAACAUGACCAAAUACUACGCUGAGAUGGCUCAGUUUUACGAGAGCAACCCGCAAGCCAAACGUGACCGCAAGCUCAAGGGCGUGCCUCUCAAAGAUAGCCCCAUGCAGGAGGCAGCCAUGCCACAGGCUGUGCCGCCCCCGCGUUCGGGUAUCGAACUCUACACCGAGGAUUUGAAGCGUGCUCGUCAAGCCAACAACCCCCACGAGCCCAUUGAUGAGAAUAUGAUUCACCAACAAGCCUCCCAGGAAUGGCAUUCGCUCGUGCCUGAGAAACAAGCCGAAUACCACCGUCGCGUCGAGGAAAUGUGGAAGGAGUACGAAUCUCAACGCUUGCGCCGCGAGGAGCCCGAGAGCCAGUACCUCAUGCACCCACCCAUGCAACAACAGCUGCAUCCUCAGCAAUUGCACCCGCAACAACUGCAGAUGCAGCAAGGCCAGCCCAUGCAACCGUUUUUGCAUCCACAAAUGCUUAUGGAAGAGCAGCAGCGCCAAUUGCAACAAGCACCGCCCAAGCCACCAACCAAGCCCACGGCCUACAAAAUUUUUGUCGAAGAACAUCGCGACUCUGUGGCCGAGUCACUGGCCCCUCACGAGAAGAAGUCAGUACAGGCCAAGCUGCGCGAGCUUUGGAAGCACAUGUCCAACAAGGACCGCAAGCCGUACAAAAAGAAGGCCCGCCUGGCAGACGACGAGUACAUUGUCGAGAUGGCAGAGUACCAUCGUGUCUAUGGGCCGAUCCUUGCCGCGCAAGAGCAGCAAGUCCAGGCCCAGGCGGCCCAGGAUGGCGACCCGCACGCGUUGCAGCAACAACAUCAGCUUAUGGAUCACCAGCAAGCUUACCACCAACAACAGAUUCAAUUGCAAACUCAACAGUAUCACCAGCAGCACCUGCAGAUGCAGCAGCAAUUAAUGAUGCAGCAACAGCAACAGCAACUGGAACAUCAACAUUUGGAGCAUGCCCAGCUGGCUCAGCAUCACCUGGCCCAAGAGCAGGACGAUGUGGACCACGUUCAGCACCACCAACCGGCCGUAGUCACCGUGCCGGCGCCUGAUCAUCCUCAGGCACCCCAGGCGCCGGAGAUUCCGGCGCCGGCACCGGCACCUGCGGAUGAGCACGACCAUGAUGAGCCACCAGUUGCAUAG